UUUUGUCUUGAUCUGAACAAAAAUACAAAUCUACAUUUUGAAAAAGUAGCAGUGCAAUUGGUCCUGCCGCCUUGUGUGGCCCUGGUGCGUAACAGCAAUGAGACCACUUCCCAGGGGGUAAGAGAGUUUCCGCCAUCUCACUGUAACUAAAUCGUUCAUUUUUUUCACUGAAUUGAUUUCCUUUGGAUCCCUGAGAGCGAGAGAUGAUUAGAAAGUCAGAAUGAAGUUGAAAGACAUCCGCCCUCCCACUUUCACCAUCCUCAAGAUUGAUCAAGGACUGAAAAAAAUUGGAGAGCUGGAGAGUCUUACUAAUGAAUCCCUCUUCUUAUUUAUGCCAAAGGGACUACGUCACACAGGCCAAAAAAAGUCUAUAUGCCUACUUCAAAUAGCAUGGAGAAGCUUGUAAAUGAUUGCAGGCAUCCCUGUUUUACUCUGCAGUUUAAGAUAGCAAUGGUACUGCAACUGUUAUAAAAUGAAAAAAAUAAAUGAUUGAUUGGCUGGUUUGCCCACCUUACUUGUUUCAUGCACUUCUACCUCUGCCAAACUCAAUCCUGCCGCGUAGAGCAGGACAGAAGUGAGACGCUCCGAAAACGUCCAAGGCAGGAGACGCAGCUGCUGUUCCAGCAGUGGCAUUCACAUACUGGAGUGAGAUGAGGGCCGCAGUAGCCAGAGGACCACGAUUGUAAUCCAGCUGAUAACCAAACCCAGCAGUCUUUAUCUGUCCUGUAUUUAAUCUGUUGCCAUCACAUGCUGACUAGUGCUGUUUGCUAAGCCUAACCAUGUCUCUCCGUCUUAUGUGUUUGGAAUUAUGUUGGGGUCUUCAGCCCUGUCUUUGUGUUUUGUGUUCAUCAUCGUCCCUCUCAGGUCUCGUCCCAGACACUCCGUCCCGUCCACCCUUCCAGUCUUUCCGCACUCGUAACAUCCCAGUGCUGAAGCUCACACGCUCCAACGAGGAGGGAAGAGAAUUAAGAGUUGUUGUAAACACCAAUGAUCCAGAUUAUGAACACGUCUACUCUGUGGAAAACUACGAUAAUCCUGAGGAGGAAGACCUUUAUCCUACAGCUACCUUCACAGACAGGGAGACGAGUACUGUAGAUCCCCAGCAUGCAAGGCGGCGCAGAAGGGCUUCUUCCAAAGAAGAUCCUUGCCUUCUACCUUUAGAAGAGGGUAGCUGUGCCCACUACACCCUGCACUGGUACUUCAAUAGCAAGGCAGCAGAGUGUCGCCCCUUUGUCUACAGCGGAUGCAAAGGAAACGACAACCGCUUUACUGACAAGGAGGACUGUGAGCUGCAAUGCUGGGAUCACAUUAAAGACACAGCAAAACGAAGGAGUCAGAGCUGAGAGGCAUCAUUUACACCUAAAGACUGGACACCUCAGGACUUUUAUAACCAGCAGAAAAGUGUCUCCCCACACUGGAGACCAGCUUUGUCCUUUCUAGGCCAUUCUUGACAUAAGGAUUCUCUGCAAGAAUUUCUCCCAAGAGGCACUCCCUGAGACAACAGCUGCAGGUCAAAGGGAGAUGAAGAAACUCAAUGUACUAUAGGCCUGUGGAAUACUGCGGGGCAGUGGUUGUUGUUGUUGUUGGUGGUGGUGGUGUAUUUCUUGCUGUCUGACAAUGAGACUUCAGCAUUCAGGGUUGGGCUCAAUCACCUUUGCAGACACUGAUGAGGAAAAGUCCAAAGUUAAAGUUAGGUGGAUGAGAUGGUGCACAGAAACCGAACGACCCAUUGAACUGAUUGUUAUGUGAUGAAGAUAGCAAAUGAACGGUGAUCUAAAUGGAUUUGAGAAUUUGACUUUUCAGAUUCCACUCCUGAUGCAAAGUUGACAACCAGACACAAUGCCAGACCAAUUCAUGUUUUGUUUUGUUUUUUUCCAAAGAUCUCAAAGGUGAUUGUGGUGCUCUCCACGAUUAUCUUCAGCUCUUUAUUUUCUGAAAGACAUGCACUGAAGGGGGGAGGAGAGUGGUCUCCAAAUUCUGUCCUCCCAUAUCACAAACUUUACACUUUAAUUCAUUGAGUUCAUAUGGACUCACCUUGCCUUUCUGGAUGGCCAUCACCAAGCCUGCUGCUUAUUCCUUUUUUUACAAGCUUGUAGUGCUAAAGUUAACAUUGCGCUCAGUAUACAGUCUUCUCCGUUCAAUUUAACUCAGGUUAAGUGCUUACAGUCUGAAGCAAAGCUGUCCAUAAGAAGGUACAAUUUACCAGGAAGUGGAGAUAGAACAUAUCGUCUAGAAUGAAUGAUGAAGCCACCUCUGAUAACUGAGAGGCCAAAUUUAACAGGAGACUCCAUUUAUGGCUGUUAUGUGUGAGAUAGCGCCUUUCUAUUUGAUUAUUUAUUUUGGAUUUUUUUUUUUUUUUUGUCCCUCAACUCUGACUUCUGGAUUCCACUUUUCUCCACAUUGACUGUACCUUAGUUUGUCUUUCACUAAUUGAACCAGGAAGAGUAUGUUUGAUUAAUUUUAAAGUUGUCUGAAUGAGCUUCAUCCCAAAGCAAAAAAUGUUUUCCAGUCCUUCUCCCUUAGCCAUAUUAGUACUUUUUCUGAAACGUCCCAAGACAUUUGCUGGGGAUGUUGUCCUUGUACUGUAUGUCAUCCGGCAUGAUGGGACAGCAACCCUCACUGUUUUUAUUGGUUGUUUUUACUGGGGAGGUCGUUUUCUGAUGGUGCCCCCCCCACCCCAUUUUAACCAGUUCUUCCAACACAGUGGAUGUAGGGGGGCUCAUUUGCUGACAGCCCUGUUCUUCUUUUAAAUACUUUAUACUGCACACUUCAGUUUGAAAUAAUGAAUUGGGUUUGUGGCCUCACACUCACAGCCCAAGAUGGAAAACCUCUGCUUUAAAGACGAAUCCUUUAUGAUCAGACGGCCUCUGUCACCCAUGGGGUAAUUUGUGCCAAGAGAGAAAUCUGCAGUUGUGUAUAUUUUUCUUAAUCUGGGAAAAGUAAUAAAUUAAUUUUUAAAAAUUGUGCAUGUUCGUAUGUCAGUCACUUAAAACACAUGGUGCUUGAGUAUUGAUACUAUUUUAAAUUAAGACAACAGAUAUUGAAUGUGUAAAACCUGAAGAUGCUUUUGUUAGUUGUGUUCUUUGACAUUUUUUUAUUUCAAAUAAUUGUAAUUAAAUAAAAAAAAAAACAUAUUACCAAUC